CUUCCGCUUAGCUGCGCUGUUAAAACUGAUGUUCAUACCCUCGAUGGUGUAUCGAAACAGGGGUUUAGUGUUUCAGCACGCUGCGAUUCUUAAUGAUAAAAUAUCUGAGUACAGCUUUCUGUGUCGUUCAUGUUUUGUCGGGCGUCAACUAUGCUGCAAAACGAAAAGAAAACACAGAGGAAGAAAUGGCCUACUACAGAGAAAGAAUAAAACAAAUGUUUUAUCACGCCUACAACAGUUACCUGGAGAAUGCGUUCCCCUAUGAUGAAUUAAGGCCUCUCACCUGUGAUGGCCAAGACACUUGGGGCAGCUUUUCCUUGACAUUGAUUGAUGCACUGGAUACUCUGCUGAUUUUAGGAAACCACACUGAGUUUCAGCGAGUGGCUUCUCUGCUACAGGACACUGUGGACUUUGAUAUUGAUGUAAAUGCAUCUGUGUUUGAAACCAACAUCCGAGUGGUGGGGGGUCUGCUCUCUGCUCACUUGCUGUCCAAGCAUGCUGGGGUGGAGGUGGAGAUGGGAUGGCCCUGUUCCGGCCCACUCCUGCGCAUGGCGGAGGAGGCUGCACGAAAACUUCUUCCAGCUUUUCAGACACCUACUGGGAUGCCGUAUGGCACAGUGAAUCUGCUAACGGGAGUUAAUCCCACAGAGACUCCAGUCACUUGCACAGCUGGAGUGGGGACAUUCAUCCUGGAGUUUGCCACUUUGAGCCGCCUGACUGGUGACCCAGUCUUUGAAGAUGUUGCACGCCGGGCCUUGAAAUCACUGUGGAAAACACGGUCAGAUAUAGGACUGGUUGGGAACCAUAUUGAUGUUAUUACCUCCAAGUGGGUUGCCCAGGAUGCUGGGAUUGGAGCUGGUGUGGACUCCUACUUUGAGUACCUGGUAAAGGGCUCCAUCAUGCUGCAGGAUGAGGAACUACUGUCCAUGUUUUUGGAGUAUGACAAGUCUAUCAAGAACUACACAAAGUUUGAUGACUGGUAUUUGUGGGUCCAGAUGCAUAAAGGAACUGUGUCCAUGCCAGUCUUCCAAUCUCUUGAGGCCUUCUGGCCAGGGCUGCAGAGUCUGCUAGGUAACCUUGACAGUGCCAUGAGGACCUUUCACAACUACUACUCUGUAUGGCGGCAGUUUGGGGGAUUGCCUGAGUUCUACAGCAUUCCACAGGGCUAUACAGUGGACAAGAGAGAGGGCUACCCUCUGCGGCCAGAACUGAUAGAGAGUGCUAUGUACCUGUACCGGGCUACUGGUGACCCUACUGUGCUGCAGCUGGGCCGUGAUGCUGUCGAGUCAAUUGAGAAAAUCAGCAGAGUCACCUGUGGCUUUGCCAGUGUAAAGGAUGUUAGAGAUCACAAACUGGACAAUCGCAUGGAAUCCUUCUUCCUGGCAGAGACAGUGAAGUACCUCUACCUCCUAUUUGACCCUGACAAUUUUCUACACAACAGUGGCACUGAUUUUGAAGCGGGUGGUCCCCAGGGGGACUGUAUCCUUGGGGCAGGGGGCUACAUCUUUAACACAGAGGCACACCCACUGGACCCAGCCGCUCUACACUGCUGCAGUCGAGCGCAGGACGAACGGAGGGAACUGCAGGACAUUCUGCUUAGCCUGUCUGAGCCUUUUACCAAUCCACAGGCACAGCAGUCAGAAGAGGCAGAGGAAGACACAGCUAGUAAUAAGGAUCCACCAUCUUCAAAGUCUUCUGAAAGCAUAGCCGUCAAGCCUGGGGUGGCCAGAAGAGCCCCAAUGCUGUCUUGUCCCAUGCAGCCAUUUAGUACCAGAUUUUCCAUUCAUGGUCAGGUCUUCUCUGACAACAUGUAG